AAAGCAUAAAAACACCAUUUAUGACUAAUUCAUUAUUACCACAUUGUUGUGUCUGGAAUGAGGUGUGAAAAUGUUUACCAUUGAAGUGGAUUCUAGUAGAUAUGCAAUUAAACACUUGAAUCAGGGCAAAACUCUUACCUGUCUUUAUCGUUCAAUUUGAAGUAUUAAGGCAAUCUAAAACAAAAAAAGGUUUAUAUAAGUGAUUUAGCUAUGAUCUAUCAGUUGCUAGACCUCCUCUUUAAAAGAUAGUUCUUUUACUAUUACUAUCAAUUAUUAUUUCAACAAAAUGUAUUUGAAAAUAUUUGUUUUCUCUUUAGCUGUUUUCUCCGCCUCGGCUUUGCCAUUUCUAGACUGGAUCAAGUAUUUCAAGCCACCGUACAUGCCGUUGAAAAUCGGAAGUUGCAAAUUCAACACUUAUAAAACUGAUUUUAAGCCGGAUUUGUUUUUCACAGGGAAAUGGCAUGGGCUGAUGAGCUCAGGAAACUUCUUACUACAGGCUGGCGGCAUAUGUGGUACAAUGGUGUCAGAAAUUAAAGGAGACGAGGCUAAUGUUUUGAACUAUCAGUAUGAACCGAUGGUUGGAAAAUAUAUUCACCUUAGAGGAGUUGUCAAUGUGACAGAGAUACAAAUGUCCAACUACUAUAUCAAAUAUGAUUUUAUAAGUGGUCUGAGAAGCAUUGAUAUCCCUAUUACAGUGUUGGGCACAGAUUAUAAUCAUUUUGCAGUUCUUUACUCCUGCCAAGAAGCUUUUGGGCUAGUUGCAGAAAGAAGUUGGAUAGCGACUAGAUCACCAGGGGACACAAGGUCUCUGGACCAAAUAAAACACAUUGUUGAAGUAGCCGGCCUCAAUUUUAACGACUUUGAGAAACAAGAAGCCAUCAAAUGUCCACCAAAUCCACCAACGAUUUAAUGAAAUGAUAAAUUUUAACCAACAUUAUGCAUUAUAGAUCAAUAAAUGAAUGUUGAAACUGUGCUGAAUGAAAUAAUAUUAUAAAUUUAUUUGCGUGCAUUUGUUUUGUAUAAAAUGUCUUACACUUUGACACUUUGAAUUAAAGUAGAGAAAUUUAAGUUGUUCCCUUUGCUAUGUUGUAGAGAAACUCAUUCAACUAGUCACUACACUGGUCAUCACUAGCCCUCAAUUAUUUUUCUUUUUUUCUCACAUUUUAAUCCUUCUAAUUUCUUCAUUUAAUUCAUCUAAUUUCUUUUUUCAAUUCUUCAAGCAUAUGAUGAUGUUGUUUGAUAUAAUUGUAAUCAACUCUUUCUUUAUCGUAUUGCUAGCCUCUCUGUACC